GAAUUGGGGGAGUGCCUCCAGCUGAGUUAACCCACAGAGGAAUCAGUCCCUUGAAGGGGACUGAUGAGUGUCCUGGGCCCUUCAAGAGGGACCAAGGGGGAGCCCCCACCCUUAGUCCGGGAGUCCAUAGGGGCCCCUCCCUCCUGUCCUCUUCUCAGAGUCAUGGCAAAGGUGCUCACUUCCUCCCUCCCCCUGCCGCCCAUCCAAUGACCCAGAAGUGAGGCCGGGACAGCCCACAGGAGGUGGGGGACAGCAGGGGGGAAGGAGAGAAGGAAGGAGUCCUGAACUAGUCACCUUGGAGGCUUCUCCUGCCCUCUUGACCUGUCCAGACCGGCUGGGGACUACUGUGGGGCUUUACCAAGCCAUUCCCUCCAGCUCUCGCCCUGCGGCCGGCCUGACUGCUGGUCCGCGAGGGACGGUGGGCCACUGAACUGGACCCCAGGGUGGCCUUGGCCACCUCCCACCUGUGUGCCCCGGGGUGCCUUGCCUAACUUCACCUGUAAAAUGAGAAUAUUCCCUUCUGUUGUUGUAACGAUCAAAUAUAAUGUGUGUAUGUGAUCUGGGCCGGGACCUGCCACACGGUAUGCUGGCCCUGAGUCUCGUUGCUGUCCCCUCUACACGGACCCUGUCAGCUCCAGGUGGAAACCUCCCCUCCCCCAGCACCCCCAGGCUGCCACCUGCCCGUGUCUCAGGAAUAAGCCCCCGACAUAUCAGAUGUGAAAGCUGAGGCGAGGCCUGAGGGUAUUCACCUCAAUACCCCUGCCUAGGCCUGCUCGCAGUGAAUACACAGAUUUAGUGUUGUGGGUUCCCUCCAGCUAAGCCCUGGUUUCCUCUCUCCCUUAGCGAAGCAGGAAGAAGAAAAAACAAAACAACUCUUCACUUUUUUCUUUUUUUUCCCCAUCCAGAGAGCGAUAUGGAGGAUAUCAUUGAGUAUUUCCAGGACUCAGUGAGCUGGGAUGACCUACAUCUCCUGCUGACUGACCAUGAAGCCUGGGAGAGCUUCAUGGCUGAGGCCAACUUGUCCAGGACACAAAAGGCCAAGGUCGACAGGCUACACAGGGGCUGCACCAUCUCCAACAUCGUGGCCAGCUCCACCAGCAUGGUGUCUGGGGUCCUGACCAUCCUGGGCCUGGGUCUGGCACCUGUGACAUCAGGGAUCAGUCUGUCACUCUUGGCAACGGGGGUGGCGCUGGGAACAGCAUCUGCUGUGACCACUGUGUCCAGCAGCAUUGUGGAGCACUCGAGCACGUUGUCCACGGAAGCCAAAGCCCGUCGCCUGGCAUCAGCUGGCGAUAACAGAGGGGAGACCAUUGCAAAGGCUCUGUGUCAGAACACACCCCGAAUGUUUUCCGUAACAAACAGCUUCGUGCGAGUCCUGCGAAGCACUGGAAAGAACGUUCGUGCCAUCAGGCUGGCCAAAGCCGGUCCUCACUUAGCAGCCUGUGCCAAGAGGUUCAUGACAGCUGGGAGAGUCUCAGUUCGAAGUGACAAGCGAGUGAAGAAAGUUUUUGGAGGCAUUGUUCUGGCAAUGAUCAGAGGAGCCCGGAUCAUGGAUGUGGCCACCGUGAGCACCUCCCUUCUGGUGGAUGUGGCCAACCUUGUGGAAGAAUCAAAGCACUUGCAUCAGGGGGCAAAGGCAGAGUCGGCUGAAAGGCUGAGACAGCAGGCCCAGUUGCUAGAGAGCAAGUUGAAGGAGCUCAACCGGAUGUAUGAAAGUCUAAAGUAGAGCCCGGCCCCAUGACCUCCGAGCAGGGCAGGGAGCAGGGUCAUGUGCGGGACAAAGGCAUGGAGGUACCUCAUGAGAGGGGAAGAGGGGGCCAAAUAAAGUUUUUGAGGGGCGCUCGGGUGGCUCAGUCAGUUACGCAUCUGACUCUUGGUUUCAGCCCAGGUCACCAUCUCACAGUCCGCGGGUUCGAUCCCUGACAGUGCGUUGGGGCUCCUCAAUGACAGCGGAGGCUGCUUGGGAUUCUCUCUCUCUCUCUCUCUCCCUCUCUCUCUCUGCCCCUGCCCUGC